AUGGAAGAGAAGGAGGAAAAGCGAUGCUGGCAUGGGCUCCACAGGGCAACAUUCCUGACAGCUCUGCUGCUGCUGCUGCAAAUGAAGGGUGUGAAGAGUCUGAAGGGCCCCACAAGCCUGGAUGAUGGCAGGAGUCAGAAAGAGAAAGUAUUCUCUGUAGACGAGGGAAAGGAGCAGUUCGAAGAACACUUUAUGGCUUCAUCAGUGGGUGAGCUGUGGCAGGUGAUAGAUAUGGCCCAGCAAGAAGAAGACACAUUCGCCCAGGCAGCGACUUUCCGGGACCACCUCUUUGAUCUAGCCUUCUGCUUCAACCUGGCCAGCAUCAUGGUUUUUUUAUGA